UUGAAAAUUGGCGCCUCUAAUGCUGAAAAUGCUGAAGUGGACGAUAUUGAAGUGUGGAUGACACUAAAUGUGAUUGUGACCGAUGUAAAUGACAACGGCCCGUUGUUUGAAGAAAGUCGCUAUUUCAUACUGUUAGAUAAGAAUGCGCUUCCCGGUGAAGAGAUAUUGACUGUUCAUGCAUCAGAUCCUGAUCAGCCAAUGCCUGGAAAAGAUGUACAAGAAGUGUUUUAUCGAAUCAAAGAAAUGCUAUUUGAUUACCGUGGAAUGAACAGAGCUGUGGAAAGUAUGUUUACGAUUGGUAAAACAACAGGAGUCAUACGACUGGAACAGGAAGUUAGAAUGUCCAUAACUACGCUUUGCGUCUAUUUCUUCAAAAUCACCAAAAAUUUUAGUGAGUUUGUUGGCGGUGCUUUCCAUCUACUACUCGAAUCGAUGGACAGCUUGGAUGAGAAUGCACAUCGAGAUCAGUGCAUUGUUAAGGUGUACAUUCACGACGAAAGCGAUAUCGUUCGGAUGGAAUUGCCCAUGCCACCAGCAGCAGUAACCUAUGAAAAGAUUUCCACAAUGAGAGAUACCAUCUCGAAUGCGACUGGUCUCAAAGCCAUGAUCAAAGACUUACGAUACCAUCACGAAGAGGGAAAUCUCAUCUAUGACGUGACCGAUCUUCGCUUGGUGCUAGUGAAUCGCACUACAUCGGAAAUCAUCCCAGCCGAAAGAGCCAUUGCUAUCGCCGACAAGCGACGAUCAGCUAUGGGAGAUAAUAUACCAAAUAUGACCAAAGCUCAGGUGUGGCAAUUUUCUAAAGCUUGUGGCAAAGUUUAA